AUGAAAAAGGGUUCCAAGAUCAUCAGAUUGGAGAAACUGACCCAUUGGAACUUAAAACAUACUUGGAUUCUCCAGUCAAGAACACCAGAGUGGGUUGCCAUUCCUUCUCCAGGGGAUCUUCCUGACGCAGGGAUUGAACUCAAGUCUCCUGGACUGGCAGGGAGAUUCUUUGCCACUGAGCCACCAUGGGAGACCAGUACUAGAGGGUCCAAAUGGCUUCACCCAGGUUUGAGAAGUCAUUCAAGAAUGUUCGAAACCAAGUGCUGGAAAGAGCUACAUGAACAUACCACUGAGAUUGUUUUGCAAGACUUGGUGACCUACAGCUGGUCCACAGCUAAUUGCUGGAGCCUCACUGGAGAUGUAAAUACUAUAGUUUCGGGACACGUACCUGAAGAGCACAAACCUCUAUGUAAUGGAUCAGAGAGCAGCAGUUCAUUUCUUGAUGCCUUUUUCACAUAUGCACUAUCUGUAUCCUGA